AUGGGAUUCGAUGCGUUACUCAACACCUUCUGCCUGUCGUGCGUCGUCCUCUUGGGGCUGUGGGUCAUAGCCCAUGUAGUGCAGGCGGCGGAGCUCCGCCUCAUGCUCGUGGCCUACACGCAACACAGAAAAUACGUCUUCGUCGUACCCUUCGUGCCGCUGCUAACGCGGCUGUUUCACGAGAUGGCCGUGCCGCAGUUUGUGGCAUCUGAUGCGAUCCAGCGUGGCGAACUGCCGCCAGCGACGAUGACGCGUGGUCAUCACACGCGGGCAGAGGGACCCAUGGAGUACGUUGGCGCGGACGGUGCCCCGUCAGUACCAACGUUGACAGGCGCCCACAGCGUCACCAGCGCGCCGUUGUCACCGCCGUCCACGUCGACGCCUAACGCAAACCUGCGUCAGUCACCUCUCCACACCCUCGCCAACGGCACCCGGGGCAGAGCCAGCAAGGCGAGCAAAGAGAAGAAACGCAAGUGGGCUGGCGACGUCGCUGAUCGAGAGAACGUGCCGUACCAGCAGGAGCAGCAGCAACAACAGGGAUCGGUGGCAGCGGUUAUUGUGGACUCCACACGCUCGGCCGUUGAUGGCUCGGAUUUGACCUCCUCGCCUGACCCAGCGUGGUGGACACCACAGCUGGAAGGUCGAUGCUUAGUACUAGGCCUCCACCUGCCGCUGGAGCUGCUGCCAGCUGCAUCACGUGGCUCAGGCAUCAGCAGUGACACGGGCAACGGGCAUGGAAGCGGCAGCAGCGUAACAAAGCGGCAGCCGACGGUGAGUCUUCAACUCAAGAAGUACCAGCUCUUACCAGCCUCUCCCAUCCUCGCUGAGGCCGCGCCGUCGCGAGCCUUGCGCCCUCAUCGAUUGUUAUCCAGCAGCGCAGGGCUGCAGACACAAGUAGCUAUUGCACGGCAACUCAUGGCGGCACGGGUGCAUGUAUGCUCCCGUGCCGCACUAAGUCACAUGCGGAUGAACACAUCCGUCGUGCCGUCGCCGCGUCAGCGCUACUCGUCCCCGGCCGCUUCUUGGCCGAACCACGGCACUUGGCCCGCUGGGUCAUGGCUUACUCGCGCGUCAUUGGAGCACCUGGACUUUGAUGAUGUCAAGUGUGCCUACACGCGGUACUAUCAGCGCCUCCUGGAGAUGGCCGUGGCGGAGCAGGCCGCCAUCUCCCACGGCGCGCAGAGCGACCGCAAGUCCACGAAGCGUGCGCAGCGCAUUUCUGCGAUGCUUAUGCGCUACCUCGACUUUGCACACAUGAGCGACGCUGAAGGUGGUGUCAAGGACGGGGAUGCGGAGGGCGGUGCUGAGGGGAACCGCGGCGGUGGCACCAGACUUGGCACCAAUCAGGAUACGUCCCGCAAGCGAAGGCCCGCGGAAGAUCCGAGAACCACAGGUGGAAGUGGCAACAGCGCAAGCGGCCCCCUGUCGCACAAGAAGCGCAGAGGCCGCGCUCGAAGUGGAAAGAGUCAUCGCAGCGUCGGCGCGGGCACGGCGGGCCUCCCUCAGUGCAGCCACACGCCGAGGAUGCCGGUGCUUGGGGCCAGCGUGUAUUAUCAUAGCGACGAGUACGAUGCAGGUUGGCGAAGCGGAGACUUGUCGUCAGCGGUGUCGGGCCACAGCCACCUUUACCACGCCGUGUCCCCACUGCCGCCUUCGCAGUCGAUACUGCAUCUGCCGAGGGUGCCCCAAACCCACUCAUCAGCGUCGCUAAUGCAGUCGCCACUGCUACCACACGUGCAUGAGUCACGACACGGCAGCAGCAAGCGUCACCAACGUGCAGGGGAGACGUCUGGGAUCGCGGACGGCGCCGUCGAGGUGCUUGAGGGGCUGGUGGAGCGAGUGCGGCUCGCGCAGACGCUGCGGCCGUGCUACCGAUCGCUGCUUUGCACCGUUCGCUUCGCAGCUGAGAGAUUUGUUGUGCGUCGUGGUGCGAGCGAGCCGCCAACGUGGACACCACUGCAGACAGUCGCCGUAUCACGCGUUGACGCAGCUAACAUUACUCAUGGUGCUGCAUCAUCGUCGGUGGCAGACGGCCGUGGCGUGGUGAGGCAGGAUUCAGCCCGAUCCACCUCACUCUCCUCCUCUUUGCCCUCCCCUCACCAAGCACGCUUGCGUCAGCAACACGGAGGCGGGGACAGCGACAGCGCAAAUCUGGUGUGCUCGCCCGUGGUAACCAGAGGCGCGUCCGCUUCAGAUUUAGGUGCUCAAAGCAGUGAGAACAUGUUUGGUCUCCCUGGAGACCCGGGCAAUCAGCGUGGCAACUCCGACAGCGUCGCCUCUGGCACCCUCGCAGCGUUGUCAUCGCAGAUCUCAAGCAGCUUGGCCGACAGUCAAUCACCAACAGACACGCGCUUCCUUUCCCCCCUUCCAUCGCGACCCUCGUCAGCGACGGUCACACCGGUGGAAAUCCGCAUCGAGCACGGGAACAACGGCGCCAGUCUCCAUAGCCACCCCAGCGACCCGCCACCGCCCGCUCUGCCUCUUCCACCGCUGGAAACUCCCUCCUCCGCCUUCGCCUCAGCGCAACUCCUCCUUCCCGAGCUCAGUAUCACCACACCUCCAGAUUCGUCCGCCGAGCACGUGGUGCCACUCGACAUACCAUCGGCGAGUGCUGGCAACAGCGGCAGCGCCAGCGCUGUGAACGCGGCAAUUGAGUUUCUGCGUACGAGUCGGCUGCAGGAAAACAACAAGCGAGCUGCUCUCGCGGCAGGCACCGGCAACAGCGCCGUUGUCCCCUCGUCCUCUUCCACAUUGCAGCAGAAUACAACAUCCAGACUUAUCAGCAGCAGUACCUACUCGACGACGGCUGAACUUGCCGCGACCCGAGCACCGCACGAAGACGGGCUACCGCACUGGAACGCCAAACGUGAUUUCUCGAUGAGUGCUGGGGGCGCGCUGCGGCGAUCGUGGGGUGUCAGCACCAGCAGCGACGAGGUGCAGCAGGUGACUGCUGCUGCAGGAGCUGCGCAAAAGCCAAUGCCCAGCGCGGCAGUACCGAAAAAUACUUCUCGCGUCAAGUCCGCCGCCUCGUCGCGACCCCAGCAACAACAUCCACAACGUGUGCCGAGCAGCAUCGAGGAAGCUCCGCAGAGCGCUGCCGCUGCUGCAACACAGUCCCCGUGGCGCAUUGCCGCGAGUGCGUCUCCACCGUCGCUCCAACCGCGCCCAACGGACUUGCGUGUUGUCUACGUGAUUGGAGCUGAUCGCGCGACGCUGCUUCGAAGCCUCACGCUGGACGCAACGCGCUGCUUCGCAGCAGGGACACAAAACUUCCUUUGUUUCUUCACUCGAAGGGACGAGCAGUGUGCGCGGCGGCGGCACAUUGAGCUGCUCGAUCAACAGAAUGGGGCUGAGUUGCCCCGCGGGACGCGCCGCAGGACGCUCGCAGGCGCUUCUCGGCCAUUCGGGCAGCAUGACCAAAGUAACGACGCUAUCCACAGCACUCACCCGAGCAGUGCAGUGCCUUUGCACAACCGUGCGGAGGAGAAAUCGUCAAGCGCUAGUGCCGCGGCUACGUUGCGCAGCGUCAAGGAAUCGCCAUGGCAGGAUAUGAGCUCCUCCAGCGGUGGUUUGCCCAUAGGUGCCCUUGAAGAGAUGCACGAUGGCGUCUUUGGAGACGCCGGCACAGCUAAUCAGCAGCCGCGUGCGACGAUGUUGAGUGCAGCGAGUCACGUCAACACCGUCGCCACCACCGUCACGAUGCCGUCGGCACAUCAGCGCGACGACCCUUUCUUCUCCAGCCUGCAGAGUCUCGAGAGCAGCCUUCACUCAGUACGGGAACUCCCAGCAGCGAGCACGCUGCGGGAUAGCAGAAGCAGCAACGCGCCGGUUGUCCUCACGUCUCCAAACACCGCAACUGCCGUCGCGACGUCAGACGGCGAUAUUGUUGCCCAAACACAGCCGUCGCCAUCGCUGUCGCCAGACUCGGGGAAGCCGGUGGAGACCACGAGUACCUCUGACGGUUCCCUCUUCUCUUUGCCCAGCCUCGAUGGCGCCCGCGAUAGCAGGGGCGACACUGGCCACGCAGAGCGACGGUGGAGUGUUAGCGAAAAGGACUGGAAGGCGCCACUGCAGAGCCAAGGAGCGACCGGCAGAACGACCCCGCUGCCCCCAUCCGCUUACAUGGACAUCUCCACAACGUACAGCCACCCACCGACUAAAGCAGUCGCCAAGGUCGCUAAGCUGCUCCCCCGGGAAGCAAUCAUCGCCACUAACUUCCAAACGGGUAACCGAGGCACCCUUGACUACGGUGUCACUGCUGCUGCCACCACCACCACCAACACGGUCGCUGACGCUGCUGUUCAGCCAGGGCGUUUGGCAUCGCACUCUGAAGAACUAGCAGCAGCUGAUCAUAAGCGCCUGGGUGUCGCCGCUACCGCUGCGGCUGUUGCGGGUCCUGUGUUGGAUGUGACGCCGCCCACAGCAAGCACAGCCGCCUUGCCUCUUCCCGCGGCAUCCUCACCUACGAAAGCUAGCGGAAAGACCAAGAAGGGUGCAUCAGUAGCAGUGGAUAACGCUGUCGCUCGAGCAGCCGGGGCUACCGCCUCUGAAGCCACCGUCAACGUGACUCACGCACCAAUGUCUCCGCUGCCCCGUCCGGCGCACCCGGUCGCCAUCGAUUCGGUGCCGGCUCACGACGUCCGACAGUACCUCGCGGCCGUUGGCGUGACACUGCCGGAGCAAGCGUACCUCCUCCGCGACGCGGGCGCGUUGACGCCGCUCCAGCAGCUGCAGCAUCGCCUCGCUGCCCCCGUGCACACCACUGGCACCGCCGCGACUGGCGCGGCGGUACCACCGUCCUUCGGUGGUACUGCGGCACACCGCCGCGCAUUGCUCUCUGCCUCUGCCGAUGCGGUGCUAAAUCGGGGCGCCACUCGCAUUCUGGAGGGGCAAGUGGAGGUUGCGGAGUUGUCGCUUGAUGUACUGAGCCGUCAGAUAUCGCCUUAUGUACCACUGCAGCCGCCAAUGCUAAGCGACAGUGAUGACGCUGACGGUGCCGAGAGUUCGAUGGGUGACAGCAGCAGCGGAGCCUCUAGCGAUAGCGACGGCAAGGUCGGCGCCAGAGAAGCCGCGGCGGACGCGAGGCAUAGCUCACCAUCCAGCCAACGCGGGACGCAGCCGCAGAAGCCGAAGAGCACUGCAGCUGUGAACUACCAACUCGGCCGUUCUUCAACGAGUGACGGACCUGCGAAGCAUUCCGGCAAAGCGUCGCUCCCACGUCAUGCGCAUUCGCGGCACUGGCAUCAGCAGCACCCCCGGUCGUCAAGGGGCCACGGGCAGUCGAGCGUCCGCACUUCCCUGGAGCAGCGGCAACAUCACCAUGAGCGGCGUCGAAAGCGCCACCUGGACCGUUGGAACAGACGCAUCCAGCGUCGGCGAGUGGCGGCUAGCAAGGUCGGCAACAUCCCCGUUGCCGUUGGUGUGCUGUUCUUUACGGCGCCUCCGACGUUGCCUGCGGCGCUGGUGCAGCAGCAGCAGCGGCAGCGGUUGCUCGAGCAUCUACACAGCGGUGAGCGAGGGCGGCUAUUGGUCCCGGACUGGGCAUUGAACGGGCCCGAAGUUGCCGCGCCGGCCCCUGUUUCUGCCGGGGACGUACAGCAGGCCGGGCAGCAUGCGUCGCCACCGCCUCCUCACGUCAAGCAAUCACCGCAGCCCAACAUCUGUGUGACGCUCAUUUACACGGCCACCGCCGAGGAGGUCGCGCAGGCGCUGGUGCGAGCCGCAGAAGUCGCUGCAUCGCUCACGAACCAGAGCGGCACGUAUGAUGCGGUCGACGCAUCGGACCGCCGAAGCGUUGAGGCCGCUAGCCACCACGGAAGGUGGAGCCUGGCGGUUGCAGAAGCAAGUGAACGGCACACGCAUAGCAGCUACGACAGCCACGAGCUCCUGAGCAGCAAAGGUAACAGCGAACUGUACCCGCAAAUGCCGCCACAGCAGCGCUCCACCGGCACAUUGAUGGGGGGAAGUUGGCAUAGUUCUCGUGCUCUGUCGCAGGCAAGCACGGCUGCGCCCAGCAACGGCAGUUUUUGCCACUCGUGUCUCUCGGAGAACGUCACGCCGCUUCUGCCGCAGGGGUCCUUUUCAGUCAUGGCCCCGGAUGUCUUCGCCAACAGCGGGAGCCACCUUCACUACGACCCUGUAACCGUGUCGCCGACAUACCAGUGUCACGCCCUGUCACCCCCGAGCGGCUCCUCCGAGACUGCACCUCUUGCUGAAGCGGAGAGCAUGAAGAGCCCUGGGUAUGGUGGUCGGCACGAUGGCACGGCAACACCCAGCGCUGCUGCUUUUACUGAUGCUGAUUCGGCCUCGCCACUUAUGAGUGUGCGUGACAGGCCACCGUCGUUGCUCUUGCUCACCGGGUCUUCGGACAGUGCCUACGAUUAUCGAGAAUGCGGCAGUGGCAACAGAGGAAGUGCCACAGCAGCAGGGGGCGGAUGGGGCGGCUUUGGGCACGGCGCCGCUGGCUCUGGUGCUACAGAUGAUGGUGUCGUGCGCACCGCCACGACCGUGUAUGUUGAAAAACUUGAACGGCGCAGCAGCAGCGAUGCUGCAGCACACCUCACCAACAGCGAGAACGUUGACGGUGACAUUGCGCGAGCAGGAUCAGCGCCAGCCUCUUCCAGCGGCGUGCGCGCGAAUGAAGCAGAGUUGAAACCCCUGUGUUUCAAGGCCACCGAGGAUGGGCGAGGCGAAGAGGACAAGGUCGGGGUGGCAAACAAGCUGAUGAACGUGCUGCGCGAUUCGGCGUGCUUUCCUGAUGGCGUCCCAGUAGACGUCUCCCUCACCUACGUGCGCAUAGGCGAUGACCUCUAUGCCAUCACAGAGGUUGUGGACCGCACUUUCCUGCAGUACCGCGAGGAGCGCGUCAUGUGGCCUCCCACAUCUCGCGAGGAAGGCGAUGGUGGCGAUGGUUCGCCCACAUCGCUCUCCGACAGUGGCGAGGAUGUUCAGACAGACGGCUCUCUCUCCUCUUCGUCUGUAGCCCACCUCUCGCUCGCGUCGGGCCCCUCUUUCAACACGCGCGACGUCGCCCUGGAGGCUACCCAGGGCCAGCAUAAAGCUGCAGCGCGUCAGCAGCAUCGUCGAUCGUAUCACCGCCGCCGCGCCGUCUCGACAAGCAACUUUGGCAGCCUGUCCUACUCCCUCGCCGGCUCUGCGCCGCUUCGGCCAGGCAUGCGGCGGCAAGAGGUGCACAUGUGCUGGCGGUGCCUCAGUACCGAGGCGGCGGUCAUCUUUAUUCCCUGCGGCCACUACGCGGUAUGUGAAAUGUGUGCAGAGUUGCUGCCCGACUGCUGCCUGUGUCGCAUGCCGAUCCUGUCGAGUGUAGUGCUGCUGGAGCGCGACAGGCCUCAGCGACAGCAACAGCCUCCUUCAGCGCAGCAGCAACACUAG